AACUCCCUCCACCCCUUUCCCACCCAUCAUACCCGUCCAGGCGUCCAUUACAUCUCAACCGCCUAAAUCCACGGUCCAAAACACUUCUAACCGCUCAGCCCUCAUUCAUCACACGAAACAUGCACAGCAUCGAAACUUUCUACUCCGGCGCUUCUAUUUCCCUCCAUACAUAACCGCUAAGCUUCCUCCUCGUUAAACUGCAAUUUAAAAAAUUCGUGGCAAUUCUGUUGAAGAAGUUUCAAUAAGAGACGCGAUUCUUCUCUCGAAACGAUGAAGCAUUCUGCAUUCAGUUCUGUGGUUCUCCGAGCUCUGAUCAAUGGCAGGAAUAACUGUAACCGUAGUGGCACGGCGGUUGCAACUGCGACGGUGAUGCCGUUUAUGGCGGCGGAAAUGAGCCGCCACUGCGCGGGUGCUGGUGGCUUGAAAAGAGGAUUCCCCUGCUGGAAGAGAAUGAUGGCUUCCGAGUCCCUGCGGUCGUCUGUUGAGGCAAAUUCGACGGAAAAGAAGGAGGAGGAGAAGAAGAGUGAAGGCAAUAGCCUUGUGGCCUCGAGUUAUUGGGGGAUUUCGAGGCAGAAGGUUACGAGAGAGGAUGGGACGGAGUGGCCUUGGAACUGCUUCAUGCCGUGGGAGACUUACCAUUCAAACUUGUCAAUUGAUUUGACCAAGCAUCAUGUUCCAAAGAAUUUUCUGGAUAAAGUUGCUUAUAGGACAGUGAAGCUCAUCAGAAUUCCGACUGAUGUUUUUUUCAAGAGACAAUAUGGUUGCCGUGCAAUGAUGCUUGAAACAGUUGCAGCUGUUCCUGGAAUGGUGGGAGGAAUGUUGUUGCACCUGAGGUCACUCCGCAGGUUUCAGCACAGUGGGGGCUGGAUCAAAGCAUUGCUCGAGGAAGCAGAGAAUGAGAGAAUGCACUUAAUGACCAUGGUGGAACUUGUGAAGCCUAAAUGGUAUGAAAGAAUACUUGUUCUUGUUGUCCAAGGAGUUUUCUUCAACGCGUUCUUUGCGCUUUACUUACUCUCCCCAAAGCUAGCUCAUAGAGUUGUUGGGUAUCUUGAGGAGGAGGCCAUACAUUCUUACACUGAGUUCUUGAGGGACCUAGAGAGUGGUGCAAUUGAAAAUGUUCCUGCUCCUGCCAUUGCAAUAGAUUAUUGGAGGCUUCCCAAGGACGCCAAAUUGAAAGAUGUUAUAACCGUCAUUCGUGCCGAUGAAGCUCAUCACCGAGAUGUGAACCAUUUUGCUUCUGAUAUCCACUUUCAGGGAAAAGAACUGAGGGAUGCACCAGCUCCUAUUGGCUAUCAUUAGCUCUAUACAUUGCUGUUGCGACAAAUUCAACCAUGAGGCUAAGUCCUCUUUGGUGUUCAUCUAGAUAGCUACAAGUACCAAUAUUUUGUUUGAUACAGGAAUUCCGUGUUAUACCGCUGUUAUACUAAUGAAUAUGAUGAUCCUAUAGUCCAACUCAUCUGAAGACAAAUAUGUUUAUAAGGAAAACAAUACUUGGUUCAAUAUGAUAGAGUUACAACAAAGUCAGAACACUUCUUCCA